GCUGGCCCUCCGGGAGCCACUGCCGUGGAGGCAGUAGCUACUACUCGUAGGUACCUAGCUAUUCUUCAAUUCGCCUCAAGCCUCAAAUCUCAAACAAUUUAACAACACCACAACACCAUCACCAUCAUCACAUCACACCCCACCACACCACAUCACAAAAUACAUCGCCACAAUACAUACAUACAUACACAUACACAUACACAUCACACACGCAAAAAUCCAAGCCCCUUUAUCCAAAAUCAUGACUUCACAAUCAAUCCUUCACCCCGAACAAAAGGUUCGUUCCUGGGGCUUCUCAACCGUAUACACGUGGUCCGAUGGCCCAAACACCCACUACACGCCCCAUUCCCACAACACCCUGACCACCCAUCUCGUUACCGCAGGACAAUUGACCAUCACCUAUCCGCGCGAAAAGGAUGCGCCAAAACGGACCUAUGGCGUGGGUGAGCGAAUUGAUGUGGAGAAGGGGAGGGUUCAUGAAGUGUGGAUGGGAGAUGAGGGGUGUACAUAUGUGAUUGGAGAGUACGAGUAAAUGGAUGAAAGAUAUGUUUGAGUCUAUGUGUCUAUGUGUAAAAUUGUAGAUGGAUAAAUGAUGAUGUAUAGAAUAUUUGGGUUUGCGUGUACCUAGGUAUUUAUUUCUAUUUAUUUAUCUAAUCGAGGUU